AUGGCGGACUUCACAGUGCAGAUCUCUUUCUUCGAGAUCUACCAGGGCCGACUCAACGACCUCAUGGGCCCUCCCAACGCCGCUCCGCGGCGGUGGCCGGCAGCGAGUGAAACGGUCGCUUUCAAGCUGCUCUGCCACGGCGAUGUGCAGCGGAAGCUUGAGGCUGGCCCGCAAAGCCCGGACUCCUCAAGAAGCCACGUGGUUUUCGCGCUGCACGUGCUCCGCGCUUGUCGCGAUGUUUCUACUCUGGCCUUCGUGGAUGUUGCCGCCCAUGCGGACGAGGUCGAUGCUGCGCUUGGCCAACUGCAGGAAGCAACAGCUCCGGCCUCCCAUUCACUGGCUGCGCUGCUCAGUGGAUGGCUUCCAGGCACAGCAACUGGACUUCUGCCUCCCGCGAGUUCGAGCAGACUGGUCCUGUUGCACAUGGUGCGUUCUGCGAAGUUUGCAUCCGAAAGCUAA